AUGCGCCGUGUCGAUACGGCAGCCGUACUGGCUGCCGUACAAGGCACCGCCAGCUCCGCCAGUUCGGCCGAUUCACAUCUAGCCUUCCUCCAGCGCCUGUCAGAGCGACUUCAACGGGUGGGCCUCAGCUUCCCUGGAGUGGAGGUUCGUUGGCAGGACCUCCAAGCGGAGGUGGAGGUGCCCAGCCAUGGCCCCAGGACCCACACCGUGCUCUCCGCGCUGCUAGCCGGCCUGGACAGCGCCCUGAUCGCCCCAAUGAAGUCCGUCAUGGCGUACGGCAGCGGAAGCGGCGCACGUGUCGGCGCGGGGCCGAAAUCACGUGUCGUACUGGACGCGGGGAGCGGCCGCCUGACACCGGGGCGGAUGUGUCUGCUGCUGGGGCCCCCGGGCGCGGGUAAAACCACGUUAUUACGGAUAUUAGCAGGACAGGCACUGCCGGCGGCAGGAAAGGAAGGGGCUGGCGGCGGCGGCGAUGGUGGCGGCGGCGGCGGAGGACGGCGUACGACAGGGGGUCUACAUGUUGGCGGGAAACUGCUGUACAACGGACUGAUCCCGGGGUCUGAUUUUACGGUGGAGAGAUCCGCGUCGUACAUUAGUCAGCAUGAUUUGCAUAUUGGCGAGAUGACUGUGGAGGAAACGCUCAUGUUCGCAGCUGAGUGCCUGGGCCCCGGACUGAAUAAAGGUAAAAGAAGGGAGAGGAAAGGAAAGGUAUCCCGAAAAGUCACUAAAACACAUCUUUAUACGAAAACUCACAAUUCUACUAAAAUCCUACUUCACCCAUAUGAGAACCCUAUCAACCCGUGUCAACGUAUGGGAACCCUAAACAAGGGAAAUGCUGCUUAUUACUUACAAAAAUACGUGGACAUACAUACGUGUGCAGAGCUUCACGAUUUGCUGCUGGAUCGCGAAAGGGCCGCCGGCAUUUCCCCCGAUCCGGAUCUGGAUCUAUUGUGGAGUACGGCAUACGGACCUCACGGCCACACGCUCAUGGUGGAGCCCCCACGGGACACCCCUCAGCCCCCACCCCAUAAAUACGCUCACAUACACACUCACAUACAUACACACACACUCACACACUCUUCCCCACCCCCUUCCUCUCCAGGCGAAAUGGCGGUGGGAUUCGCGCAAGUCAUGAUGCUGGACGAGGUCACGAACGGCUUGGACUCCAACUCUGCCUUCGCCAUCAUCAAGUCGCUUCGAAACAUCUGCCAGUACGCACAGGCCACAAUGCUGGUGUCGUUGCUACAGCCCUCCCCCGAGGUGUACGACUGCUUUGAUGACGUCAUGUUGCUGAGCGGGGGUCGACUUGUGUUUUUGGGCCCCCGUGCGGAGGUGGCGCCGUUCUUUGCGCGGCUGGGACUGGCCCCACCACCCACGAAGACAGAGCCAGAUUUCCUGCAGGAAGUAACCGCCACUCCGGAAUAUCAGCUCAAGUACAGAGUCCAGGGAGGGCGGGCUGAGUCAUGUGGCCAAAAGUGGCUGUCACCCAGGAGGCUACGACAGGAGUUUGACCGCAGCCCCCCCGGUCAGCAGCUGGCUCAUGAGCUUGCCGUACCGCCGUACAACCACGAGCUGCAGGACAUGGUACUGCACAAGGAAUGCUAUGCGCUGUCCCCGCUUCGCAUGUGGAUGGUGGUGGCGGCUCGGGAGCUAUUGCUCUUCCUGAGGAACCGUCUGUUCUUCGUAGCUGGGGCGGUGCAGAUUUUGUUCACGGCCUUCCUGGUGUCCACCACCUUCAUUCGCCUCUCCAAGAGCACCUUCAACGACGCCAACCUGCACAUGUCGGUCGCGUUCUUCAGCCUCAUGACCAUGUUGAUGCGCCUGGCCGUCUUCUUCAAGCAACGCGACCACCGGAGCUACUCACCCCUCGUGUACGCGGUCAGCUGCUUCGUGAUGCGGCUUCCCGAGUUGCUCGUCCAGAGCAGCUUGUGGUGCCUGAUGGUGUACUUCUCAACGGGCUUUGUGGAGGAUGCGGGCAGGUUCUUCAUCUUCUGGUUGAAUCUGGUGGUUGCUGGUCUGUACUCGGUAUCGGUGUUUCAGUUACUGGGAGCGGUUACUCGGCAUGAGGUCAUCGCGCAGGUAUGUGUACGACACAAUACGGCAUGGCAUAAGAUGCAUGCAUCCCUGAUUGUGUCCGUCCGGCAUGGCUCCAUACCCCCCUGGUGGAUCUGGUUUUACUGGUGCAACCCCAUGGCCUGGGCGCUGAGGUCCAUGGUCAUCAACGAGCUCACGGCGGCUCCCUGGGGCACACCCGCCGUGGACUUUGGCCGCCCUGACAUCACCAUUGGCCAGUAUUCCCUGCUGGCACGGGGGUUUUACACGGAAUGGCGCUGGGUAUGGGCGGGUAUCGGCACCGUCAUGGGCUUGUCACUGGUGCUGCUGGUGCUGCAGGUUGUGGCGCUUAAUGUUGCAAGUGCGCCCUCCACCUACCGACCUCCCCUGGACGAGGAGGAGGAGGAGGAGGAGGCCAAGCUGCGGCGGCAGGACGACAACGAUAACUACCAGUCUCCGUACAACGACCAACAGGAAUUGGAGUUGGCGGCGGGCCAGGUAGCAGCUGUUAACGGCCGCAACGGAAACGACAACAACGUUACCAACGGAAACAACAACCAGAAGAACGAACCCAUACACAUUCGAAUCUGCGUGAAAUCGACAUACGGCCCCCAGCGGUCUUCCCCCGCUGAGUCCAACGGUGGGGAUGCUAACGGCGAAACGGCUAACAACAGCGACGGUUGUGGUGCAAACGGUAACGGUAAUGGUAACGGCCACACCAAGGACCUGGAGGCUCUGGAGGUACACCGCACGACCCAUGGGUCGAACUUGUCGUUCUCGCCAGUUGUAAUGACCUUCAAGGGAAUCAACUACUUUGUCCCGGAACCGAAGGGCAAGGGCGAGCUGCAACUGCUGCGGGACGUCGGUGGUGUCUUCUUACCGGGGGUUCUCACCAGUCUGAUGGGCGCGUCCGGUGCCGGCAAGACCACCUUAAUGGACGUUUUGGCGGGUCGCAAAACGGGGGGCCGGCAGGAGGGGGAGCAGCUGGUGAACGGGGCUCCCAAACGCAUGGCCGCAUUCGCGCGAGUGAUGGGCUACGUGGAGCAGUUCGAUGCGCACAACCCGCAGGCCACGGUAGAAGAGGCCCUCCUGUUCUCCGCACGUCUUCGUGUCCCUCCUGGGGUAUUGUCGUACACCUCUUCGGGGGGGAGCCGUACUGCCAUUCGUGCGCACGUGGCGGAGGUGAUGGAGGUGGUGGAGUUGGGGCCCCUGGCCAGGCACGCGGUAGGCGCCGGCGGGGCGGUGGGCGGCGGCCUGUCCACGGAGGCCCGGAAGCGAUUGACCAUUGCCUGCGAGCUGGUGGCGAAUCCAUCAAUCAUGUUCCUGGACGAACCCACCACGGGGCUAGACGCACGCGCUGCCGGCAUGGUCAUGCGUGCCGUACGGAAUACGGUAGCGACUGGUCGUACAGUGGUGUGCACCAUUCACCAGCCUAACCGGGAGAUCAUGGACUAUUUUGACGAGUUAUUACUUCUGAAGCCAGGUGGCCGGGUCAUUUUCAACGGACCCGUGGGUCGGCCCAACCAAAGUGAGCUCAUUGCCUACCUGGAGUCAAUACCCGGGGUGCCCAGGUCUUCCCUUCUGGGUGUGCUGGACAUUAUGGGUGCGCUCUUCUCCACAGCUCUCUUCCUGGCGAUGACGAACUGCCUCACGAUCAUGCCAGUGACGAUGUCUGAACGUGCCGUGUUCUACCGGGAACGAGCGUCCGGAAUGUAUAGCAGUGUCGUAUUCGCAGCGGCGCAAGGCCUGGCGGAGUUUCCGUACUUGUUCGUACAGUCGGUGGUGUACGUUAUCAUCGUGUACUGCACCACUCAAUUCGAGUUCGACUCGUCCAAGGCCCUCUGGUUCUGGUUGUUCAUUUGGCUCAACCUGUUGUGUUUCACGUACCUGGGAAUGGGCUGCAUGAACCUCACCCCCAACAUGCCCGCGUGCGUGGCAAUGACGAGUUUUGCCGUACUGCUGUGGAUGCUAUUUUGCGGCUUCCUCAUUUACAAAGAUGACAUCAAGCCUUGGUGGUUGUGGGCCUACUACUUCAACCCAGCAACGUACUCGAUCUACGGCUGUAUUGUCACUCAAUUGGGCGACGUCACGGACGAGCAGAUUGCCAUAGGCCAAGACAAGUACAUGUCGGUUGCGGAUUUCGUGGAUACGACCUUCGGUUACAAGUGGGUACUGGGGUGGGGGGUGGGGUGGGGGGGUUGCUGGUAG